AUGGCGAGCAUCAGUGGAGAGCUCAAUAGAAAUGAAUCGGAUCAACUAAAUAAUUCGGUCGUGGAUGAAACCCAAAGUCAUGCUUAUAGUACUCAUAAGACCGACGAAAGUCGCCUAAACUUGACAAAUGUAUAUCAAUAUUCACAGGUUUUACAGCUGGAGCAUGCAGUAACAAACUUCAUUGACUCAUUCAACAGAAUCAUAAAGCUGUCACCAAACUUUAAAGUCUAUCAGGAAAAUAUUGACCAUCCCGAGAGGGUGAACGUAGAGAUACUACCCGCUUUAGCAAGACAUAAACUGAAAUGCGCUGCUGAGAUAGCAUCGUUGAAUGAAUUGGGCAAACUGCCGUUGAUCCAAGAGUUGAAUGAAUAUGAAAGCAAAUUUGAUGAAUCGAUGAGGGAUCCUGUAUUGAAAGAACUUAAUGAAGAUGAUUGCUCAAAACUCUCCGAAACUGUAAAUGGACAAUAUAUGGCAGAAGGUCAACGGGAGGUCGAGGAAGAAGAGGAAGAUGGUUAUGAACCAGGUCUAUCGAAGAAAAAAUGGCCACCAAAAUUACCUGAAAUAAAAAACUCCGCUAUCAGAGCCCGUGUUUUCAUUCACAAAUCUAUGAUCCAUGAUAAACUUUAUCUCUCUGAAUCGGACAUGAUUAAAGCCCAUAAUGAACGUCUCGAAUUCUUGGGUGAUUCUAUCUUGAACACUACUAUAACAAUGAUACUAUACAAUCAAUUUCCUCAGUUCAACGAGGGCCAGCUCUCUCAGUUAAGAAUGAAGCUAAUCAGUAACGAGCGAUUGAAGAAAUGGUCAUUUCUCUACAAAUUCCAUGAGAAGUUGAGAACCAACUUAGACAAAACUUAUGAGAACAACGAUUUUCUUCAAGGUAAACAAAAGCUCUACGCGGAUGUUUUCGAAGCCUACAUCGGUGGCCUGAUUGAAGAUGAUCCAAAGCACAAUCUUCCAAAAGUUAGGAAAUGGUUAAGCAAACUUGCUGCUCCUAUCAUUGAAGAAGUCACCAAAAAAGAUGAAACCAUGGAUUCGAUUGAGGUAGAUGUGAAUGCAAAAAAAACACUAUAUUCACUAAUAGGUUACGCUGCGUUGAACCUUCAUUAUAAGCCCGUCAAAAAGCCUACCAGCGACGAUAGCAAUGCAAUCGUGGAAUGCAGAAUCAAAGAUGGGACGGUUCUUGGAGUGGGAAAGGGCAGAAAUACCAAAAUUGCUGGGAUGAGGGCGGCUCAAAACGUGUUAUUAAACAAACCUUUAGUUGAAAAGUAUGCGAAUAUGAGAGCAGCAGUGCCGCGCAAGGAAUCUGUGAUUAAAGAUGGCGUGUCAAAAAAGCGUGAUAAUAGAGAUGCAUUUACAGGACAAAGCGAAAACUCAGAUUUCAAGCGUCAGAAAGGAAAUGAUAUGAAUAACAAUGAGCUGCCUCCUAGAAUCUUACCAACUAGUGACGGAACUCUGAGAUUUCAAUAA